GGCAAGAUGUCGAUGUUGACGGGUUGCGCGCCGACGGUGUCGAGCUGGUGAUGCCCUGUCAUGGGGAGCGCCAGUCCAACACUAAAUGGAAUUUUAAUUAUUAAAGCUCUUAUUUGGCGAUUUAACGAUGGGAAACUGUUUCAAGUCGCAGACGGGCGACGACGUCUCGCUGUUAAAUGACUCGGCGAGUUACGCCGGAGAUGGAGCGGGCGUCGAAGCCGCCGGGCCUGGGUCUCGGUCCGGGGCUGCCCUGCAUAGGCCGCCGGCGGCCUCGCCACCAGAGCAGGAGCAACCACGAGUUCCAGUUUAUCACCCGACACCGAGUCAAACCCGCCUGGCAACACAGCUGACAGAGGAUGAACAAAUCCGAAUAGCGCAGAGGCUUGGCCUAAUCCAGCACCUUCCCAAGGGCAGCUUUGACAGAGGCAGGGAAGCCCAGAGCAAGAAGAUCAAGGAGUGUGUGAUCUGUAUGAUGGACUUUGCGUAUGGCGACCCGAUCCGGUUCCUGCCGUGUAUGCACAUCUACCACGUGGAAUGCAUCGAUGAGUGGCUCAUGAGGUCCUUCACUUGCCCAUCAUGUAUGGAGCCUGUGGAUGCUGCCUUGCUCUCUUCCUACAAGACCAACUGACCUGACUUGCUAAACCUCACUGCACUUUGAAUGUUGUGCCACCAAAAGAAAAGGAGGAAAAAAAAAGGGCUGGGGGGAGGGAGUAGAAUGGGGGAAACAUUGAACUCACUUGGAGCAGAGAAUUCUCCUCUUGUCUCUCACCCGCCUCCCCAUCCCAUGCCAAAAAUCAACCAUUGCUUUUGUUUAUACCAGACAGUGCAUCUGCCUAGUUGACAAUGCUGCAUUUUGGCCAAAUGUUCUACUUAAUACUGACCAGCAAAAAGGGAGGUGAUUAAAACCAUAGUGAAGGCUAUGCUCGAACAGCUCAAAGGCGUUUGGUUUUUUAGCUUUCCUUUGCACAUGCAGUAUUGAUGGCCUUCAUGUUGAUUGCCCUUGCAUGCUCUGGGACAAAGCCGCAACCUUGUGCUUUGUGUCUUUUAGAGGAAAUUUUCUUCCUGUUGUCACACAGGCAUGGGGGUGGGGGGCAGUUGCCACGAUGUCCUUCCCUCGGAGGCUGCUCCCAGUUGUGAUUAGCUUUGGGCUGAGUUUAGACAGGGGGCACCUGAAUAACCCUCUCUGAGGAGCUGGAUGAUUCCACUCAAAGUGUGGAGUUGAAGAAUCAUUUGAAUGGAGGGGCACUGAACCUUGAUUGUAUCUUUGUCAGACUCCGGAUAUGGUCACAUGUGGCUAGGGUGUGCUGUCUAUGGCGGUGUGCUUCUAUGGCGGUGUGCUGUCUAUGGCGAUGUGCACAGGGAAGGUGCGUUAUUGCCAUUUCUCUGUGUGGCUGCGCUUCAGCUGCUGAGAUGGAGCUAGCCUCCAGACAAAUGGGAAGCACAUGAAUCUCCAUUGUCUCUAUUCCAGCCCUGAACUGCAGUACACAGAUAAUGUUUCUGUAUACACCUGGAGUAGAGCUUGGAAUCGGUGUGAGCCCUUUCAGCGCAGUCCGUGAGAGAAUGUCUCCUCACUAAACAUCCUCACCAACCUGGCCUGGCCACACAGCCUAUCCUGUGACUACGGCACUCAAAUAUGUGGAUCUCUCUCAAUGUUGAGAGGUAUGCCUUGGCGAAAGCAGGUAUUGAUGCAAUGUAACUAACACAAACACAUGCACAUGCAUACAAACACACCCUCUCUCUACCUACCCCUCCCUCGCUCUACCUACCCCUCCCUCUCUCUACCUACACCUCCCUCUCUCUACCUACCCCCCCUCUCUCGAGCUGAGGAGAGGAGAUUUUGAGCAUCGGGCUUGUUGUUGGCCAGGCUGCAGUGAUCUGCACACAACUUGUGCUUUGGAACCAUGGAUUACCGGUACCUUAAAGCACUGAAAUGUUUCACCAAAUGCUGACUCUGCAGAAUCCUCUCCAUUCAUUAGUAAACCAACCUGCAUCUUCUGCCAGGCAAGCAUUGCUAACACUGAGAAGUACAGUGUUCAUUCUGCUCUGCUACCCAGACUGUGGACACACGUCACCACCAGAUCUUCUAAUGGUUCGUCCACUCCGUGUUCUAUCCAGCAAGGGAUUGACCUCCUUCCAGGUGUUACUUCACUGGCCCAUGGAAGUCCCUGACCUUUAACCAGGUGCAAUGGAAGAGCACAUAGGGGAUGACUAAUUUCCUGGGGGUAUUUUGGUGGAAACACAGAGGCGCAACUCAAACUGUCCAUACACCUGAGUUGUCAAGCAUGCAUUUGCCUUGUCCACAGUGCUGGAGUGGGAGAAGUUGCUGCUUUUGAACAUAGCAGUGUUGCAUGGGUGGCCUUGUUUCCGGGUUUGGAUGCCACGUGGCAUUCCUGUGUCCAGCUGCUGCUCACCAGUCAGUGAAUUAAUUGUAGCCCUCUCGCCCAAGGCUUCAGAACCCAUUACUGCAGCCUACCUAUGUUCCACAGGGGUUGGGAUCCAGCUUAGACUUUCCUGCCUGAAUGCUGAGAACUCUUAACUGCAAGGAUGGGACAGGUUGUUUGAAACGUAGUGGAAAGAUUCAAAUAUGUAAGCUGUGCUGUGCCUUGUACCACGUUGCAGACUGUGCUGAGUAGGAAUGUGUUUUUCAGUUGCAUCUGCCCCUAAUCCUGACCAACAGGCUCUGGGUGCUUCCCACCACGGUGGGGGGAAAAGGGCUCUGAGUUGCAUUGGCGUGCUUGGAAGUCUCUGGCAGUUGGAUUCUAACACUGGAGACCUGGGAGAAACCUCCCAUUCCAGACACAUGGAACGCCACAGUUACCUGCAAGCUCUGAGGGAUUUGCCCAGUUUACGGUGCUUGUAUGCUCCAGGGAUCUCAAGUUGAUGUAGGAUUUUUUUUUUAAAUCUUGGUACUCAUUAACUAGCAGUAAAUGUGAAUAUUAGUACUGAAAGUGACAAGCGCAGGAAGACUAAUUCAUCAAAUAACCAGCUUCUUUCACUGCCCUUGAGUGAUGUUGGUAGAUGCCCCUCUCCUGUUCUCCCUCAUGUAAGGGAGAUGGUUUCAGUAGAUCACGUAAAGGUUUUAAAGUAAAUUAUUUCUAUAUUUAUAGACUGCUACACCAUUCUGUCAGUGGCAGCUGUGAGUGUGCUGCCCUUUGCUGGCCUCUGCAAGGAUGUUUUCUCUCCCAUCAGGUAUUAAGCUGGCCUGUGAGGGAAGCCUGCUACCUGGCAGAGUCAUAGGCAGCCAUGUACCUUAAAGCAAAGGUUCACUGGGCAUGGUUUGAUUAUGAAUCCUGAAGUGUUAAUCAAUUCUGGUUGUUAUUACUGCUUUUCCCAGUGGGUAGCUGCCAGCUCUGUAGGGAUACAUUCCAGGCCUGGACUCCUGCCUAUUCUCUCCGAGCCCUGCUGUCAUGCGGCCAAUAAUUUGGGUGCAUUGCUGGUCAACAUCCAACACUUCGUACUGAAAGUGUUCAAAGAAGGACUUUGUUUUUCAAAUGUUCAUGUUUUUUCACCUGGGGUGUGAAAGUUGCCAAGAAGCUGUUUUAGUUCCUGGAGACUGACGGAGAAUUCUGGAAGGUUCUGUGUGUCUCAGAUCAGUUGACAGUGACUAUCCUAGGGCCUGCAGCUGGCGUCUCUCUGAGCAAGCUUGAGCACUCCUCUCAGUUAAUGCCCCCAGUGCCCUGAACUAGGCCACAAGUGACACCUGGAGGUUAAAUGUGCAUUUGUAUAAAAUUCUCCUGUUUCUAGGUAAGGUGUUGAUGUAAGAAGUUAAAAUAAUCUAAGAUAAGAUGGUGUCAUUGCACCAGGACACUCAGUUGUUGAGCUUUUUAUUUUUCACUUUGUUGUUAACCAGUUGCAGUAGUAAAGAACUUUGGUUUUACCAGGGAUGUCAUGGUUUUCCUCUUGGAAAUGAUUUAGACUGGGUUUGGUUCCAAUUGGUGACUGCAGUUGUUUCACCCCAGAGUUUCACUGUGGGGCUCUUGUUUGACCACAGGUGUAGGGCAUCAGUCUAGCGUCUAUUCCCAGUUCACUUCCACCUCCCUUGCUCAAUCUGGUGAUGCCUGGUCUCCGUUCCCAUACCAGCUGCUGCCUUUACCUGACAACAUCAGGUGGAACCUCAGAAGUGCCUGUUAGCCCUUAUGCUGCCUCAGAACCCUAUAGACUGAAAUGUCUCUGGGAUUCCACCCAGCUGCAUAGAGCAUGUCUUGGUGACUUGCUUUUUGCAUCUAUGAUGCCCUGGUGCUGUUCCUGAAAUGGAUCUGAGUUGAUCCCAUUGAUGGAACAUGAAGCUUUGGUGAGUUUAUAUACUGUAUUCAGGUGUGGAUUUAAUGUAAACCUGCACAUUCUGUGAUGGAAAGGAAUUCAUAUGCAGAAACAAAAAACUGCAAAAAUACGUGUAGAAGCUCUUAGGAAUGACAGAACUGGCUGUCCAAUUAUGUUGUAAACAGGGAUUUUGAAAGGAAACAUGAAAAGUAAUGAGGGAAAGUGUGACUUUGAAUUGGGCUCUGGACUAUGUUUUCUGCCAGUGUCCCUUACUCAUUAUGGAGACUUGGUCCAUAACAUCACAGAUCUUGGACUGUUACAUGCAGACUUGGCAUUAACAAACAGCUUCCACUAUCAGAUGGACUACUGUUUGAGGAAUGGCAGUGCUAGGACUGCACAUUGAAAGCACAUGGCCCAGGCAGGAACACAAAAUGCAAGUAAUUUUAGCAUUACUUUAUUGGAUGGGGAAGUUUAUAAUGAAAGUAAUCAAGGAUCAACUUUAUUCACCGUAUACAUUUUAUAUAUAAAAAAUUGUAAUGACAGGGUUAGGAGACCUAUUUCAGUGUGGCUAGGGUUCUCUGCCAACAGGUAAUGGAAUCUCAGUGAGAUUUGAGUCUAUGUUGAUAGAGAGCCUAGUCUUAAGAAGGUCAUCACUAUCUGACUGACUGCUAGAGAAAAAUAGCCAACACAAUCUAUAAAGAAAAUCAGUAUUAAUUGCACUUUUUGAAAAUUUUGCAUGCUAAUCUUAGCCAAUGUAAGCUUGUAUCCUGUAGUUAGAAGUGUAAUUGUGGAUAUGUAGAGAUAAACUUGAAUGUUCAGUUGGAAGUACAAGUCAAGAAAUAUAAAACAUUGAAAUAGUGCUGUGCUGGAAUCUUUCUGUGUUUACUCCUGCAGAUUGUCACUGCAUUAUAUUGGCAGUUUAAUUUACACAUAACUUCCCAUAUCAAGGAUGUGUUAUCAGUUCCUUCAGCCAUGCCAAAGCAAAUCUUUCAUCUGCACAACUCUCAUCGGCUGCACCUCAAUUUCCAGGUGCACACUUGACUUUAGAUUAUCCUUCUGAGCAGUGGUUCUUCCAUAUCUGCUGCACCAAGGAUCCCCACCACUAUUUUAAAGUCUUCAGGCCUCAAACAUAGUCACUUUAAAACCCAAACAGGGUAAGACAUGUUUCACAAGUGUGUAGUCCAGGCCUGUCCUUUGAUUUGUGUAUACAUUACAAGUUUAUAGUUUACAGUUGCUGCUGGCUACAUAAAUGAUGUAAAACAUGUCUAUUUUUAAAAAAUAAAGAACCCUACAGGCUGAUUUGUAUCCAUGGUUUUAUUGGUGAGGCAGUCUGGAUGCCUGUUGCUGCUCCUCGGAGAUGUUUGUUUGGCUGACCUGUGCAGGAGGCAAGGACAGAAAGGCCUGUCCCCAAACCAUUGGCCUAUAGAGGAGCAGCAAAAUGAGAGUGUAAAGGAAUAGGAGGGUGUAAGAACUGAAGUGGAACAAAGCCUUGUCAGCAAGAAAAAGAUGCUCUCCAAUUAAAUAGUAAUGUAAUCAGAGUAAAAGCUCCAAAACAAUAAGCACUUCUACCAAUCUAGUCCACAGCAUCUUCACUACCAGUUGCCUGUGUUCAGCCCUUAACCCUCCAAGUCCUUCCCUUCCAUGUACACACCCAAAUUUCUCCUAAAUGUUGCAAUUGUAUCCCACUCAACCACUGUUCUGGCAGCUUAUUACAUUAAGGGUAGAGGACCAGGAAAGAAAUGACCUCUCUUAAAAAUCUUGUCUUUUGUCUAGUUUUGAACUUACCAACCCUGGGGAAAGGACUGACUGUCCAUUAUAUCCAUACCCCUCAUGACUUUAUAAAUUGAGGUCACCGCUCAGUCUCCUUCACUCCAGGAAAGAAAGUUAUAGCCUGGCUGACCUCUCAAAGUACAGCUCUGAAACAGGUCCUUUGGCCCAUCUAGUCAAUGGCAAAUCCAUUUAAGCUGCCUACUCCUGUCGACAUAGCCCUCCAUAUUCAUACCCCUAACCCAUGACCUCUGGUUGUAGUCCACCCAAGCUUGGUGGGAAAAGGCUGCUUGCAUUUGCCCUAACUAUAGCCCUCAAUUUUGUAUACCUCUAUCAAAUCUUCUCUCAAUCUUUUACAUGCUAAAGAAUACAAUCCUAACUUAUUCAAUCUUUCCUUAACUCAGGUACUCUAGAGCCGGCAACAUACUUGAUAAUUUUCUCUGCACUCUCAAUCUUGUUUACAUUUUUCCUGUAGGUAGGUGACCUCAACUGCGCACAAUACACCAAAUUAGGCCUCACCAACAUAACAUCCCAUCUUCUGUACUCAAUACAUGGAGUGCCAAAAGCUUUCUUUGUGACCCUAUCUACUUGUCAUUCUACUUUCAAUUGUGAUGAGAACACACAUAGAUUAAGAUGUUAGCUGUCCUGUGCUGGCACCAGUGGGAUCAGCAGUUGGUCUGCCACCUGUCUUCAGGAGAAAGAGAGAUAAGGAAAACAAUGGAGCAGCAUUUGGAGAUGUUAAUGAAGGGACGGGAGAGUUUAACGGAAGGAGAGCUGUCAAGAUCGGCUCCCCCUUUGAACCCUGAACUGUUUGAAGUGAUGGACAGGCGAUACCCCAGCAGGGGGAUAAAAAGGGACAGGUUCGCUAAGGCAGGACACACACGACACCCCGAGGUAAUGGGACCCUGGAAGCUGUGCGUUUCCCACAAGUCGGUGGGGAGUUUUGGACAGCUGGUCGCGGGAUCAAGCCAUAGAUGCACAGGGUGGAAAGGCACGAUCGGCGGGAACCUGGUGUGUGUCCACCCUUGCCUGGGUGCCAGGUUCACCGCAGAGAAACGAUCGUAUCUGGAAACGGAGGGGGUCACGGUCUGUGACCUCAGAUGACAUCACAAAGGGCUCACCCGAAAGCAGACUGCGAAGAAUGUCGAUGAAUAUUCAUCGCUGUUUGAAUAUUCAUUCGUUUUUGCCCUCUCUCUCCUUCCCCCCCCACUGUCCAUCUCCCACGGCAGCGAUUACUGCGAACUGAACUGAACUAAAUUGAACUGAACUUUGCGUCACUUUGAAACUGGUCAUUUACCCCUAGACAACGAUAGAGCUUGAUUGAUCCUGUUAUCUUAAUUCUGUGUACAUGUGUGUUUAUUAGUGCUGAACUGUUGCAUUUAUUAUCCUUUUGAUUAGAGUACUGUGUUGCUUGUUUCUUUAAUAAACCUUUCUUAGUUCUAGUAAUCCAGACUCCAACUGAGUGAUCCAUUUCUGCUGGUUUGGCAACCCAGUUACGGGGUACGUAACAUAAUGAAUAGUGUACCUGUAUUCCCAGGUCUCUUUGUUCUAUCAUACUCCUCAGUAACCUACUGUUCACUGUGCAAGACCUACCUUGGUUGGUGCUGCUAAAGUGCAACACUUUGCACUUGUCUGCAUUAAAUUCCGUCUGCUAUUUUUUUUCCAGCUGAUGCACAUCCCUCUGUAAGCCAUGAUAGCCUUACUCACUGUCCACUACACCCCCAACAAAAAAAAUCUUUGUCAUCUGCAAAGUUGCUGAUCCAGUUAACCACAUUAUCAUCCAGAUCAUUGAUAUAGAUGAUAAACAAAGGACCCAGCACCAGUCCCUGAAGCACAUAGCUAGUCACAGGCCUCCAGUUAGAGAGGAACCCUCUACUACCACUGUCUGGCUUCUCCCACAAAGCCAAUGUCUUAUCCAAUUAAUUCCUCAUCCUGAAUGCCAAGUGACUGAACCUUCAACCAGCCUCCCAUAUGGAACCUUGUCAAAUGCUUACUAAAGUCCAUAUAGACAACAUUCACUGCCUUGCCUUCAUCCACUUUCCUAGUAACUUCCUCAAAAGACUAAACAAGCAACACACACACACAAAAUGCUAGAGGAACUCAGCCGGCCAGGCAGCAUCUGUGGGGAAAAAAAAUAGUCAACAUUUCGGGCUAAAACCACUAGGUAGGACUCUAAGAUUGGUUAGAGAUGACCCAUCACGCACAAAGCCAUGGUGACUAUACAAAUACUUGUAUAUCCAAACCUUUAGAACACCUAACAAUAAUUUCCUGGUUUAUUUUUCAGUGCCUUUCUUAAACCACAGAACAGCAUUAGCUGGUAACACUAUACUGGAUGAUUUAUCCACCCUAAUUUGCCUCAAGACAGCAAACAUCCCCUCCUCUGAUCCAUUUAGAGUCCAUGACCUCGCUUUACCUCACUUCUAGACUGUGUCCAUUUCCUGAGCAAAUGGAUGUAAAAAAAAUUAAGAUCUCUUGGCUCCAUGCAUAGAUUACCAUUACGAUCUUCCAGAGGACCAACUUUAUCCCUUGCAAUCCUUUUGCUCUCAACACAUCUGUAUAAAUCCCUUAUGAUUCUAUUUCACCUUCUCUGCUAGGACAACCUCAUGACUUUUAGUCCUCCUGAUUUCUUUCUUAAGUGUUCUCGCAUUUCUUGUCCCCCAUAAGCACCUCAUUUGUUCCCUCCUGCCUAUACCUGCUGUGCACCUCCUUUUCUCUUAAGCAGGGCCUCAAUAUCUCUUGAAAACUAAGGCUCCCUACAUUUGUUAUCUUUACCUUUAUAAGCUGACAGGCACAUACAAGAUUUGUACUCAAUUUGAAGCCCUCCUCUUUUCAAAUAUACCUUUGCCAGAAAACAGCCUGACCCAAUCCACACUUGCUAGAUCUUCUGAUACCAUCAAAACUGGCCUUUCUCCAAUUUAGAAUCUCACCCGCCCUGCCUCAUUAGCAUAUGCUCUCGUUGGGUCUUCUAUGUACUAAUGAAGGAAGCUUUGCUUAACAUAUUUAACAAACUCUAUCCUGUCUAGUCCUUUCAUAGUACAGUACUGGAUUCCCUUCAAUAUCUGGAAAGUUUAAACCACUUACUAUAACAAACUAAUGUUUCUUGCACCAGUCUGCUCUUUACAAAUUUAUCCUCUAAUUCCCUCUGACUGGUGGGUGAUCUGCAAUAUAGCUCCAUCAACGUGGUCAUACCUUUCUUAUUUCUCAGUUCCACCCAUAACUCCUCACUAGUCAUAUUCUCCAGUCUUCCCCUCCUAAUUCCUCCCACUGGCAGAUCUAAAACUGAACCCCAGAAUAUUGAGCAGCCAGUUCUGCCCCUCCUGCAAACAAGUCUCACUAAUGGCUAGAACAUCAUAAAUCCAGGUGUUGAUCCAUGCCCCGAGCUCAUCUGCCUUUCCUACAAUACUUCUUGCAUUGAAAUAUAUGCAGCUCAGGAUACUAGUUGUACUAUGCUCCCUAAAAUUCAGGUCCUCUAGAACCAUCUUCAUAUACAUCUUCUGCAAUUUCACCAGCUCAAACACGCCUUUCCUAUAAUGGUGACCAAUAGUGUACACCAACAACUUGCAACUGCAACAUAAUGUCCUAUUCCUGAACUCGAUGCCUGACUGAAGGCGGCCAGAAUGCUAAAAAAACGUCCUGUGUAUUUGUGCAGCCACUUACAGUGACCUGUGAACUGGUGGAUCAAAGGAGCCCAGGAGUACAUGUCAGUGCUUUUUCAUUCACUGUGUAAAUCUUACCCGGGUUUGAUGUCCAAAAUAAGUCACCUCAUACUUAUCCAAGUUGAACUACCAUUCCUUAGCCAAUCCCCCUAACCGAUCAAGAUCUCCUUGGGAGACAGUGGUCAUGAUAUGAUAGAAUUCACCCAGCAGCUUGAGAAGAUGAUGAAAGUCAGAUGUACCAGUAUUACAAUAGAGUAAAGGAAUUACAGAGACAUGAGGGGAGCUAGACAGAGUUGAUUACAAGGAGACACAAGCAGCGAUGACAGCAGAACCACAAUGGUGGGAGUUUCUGGAGACUAUUCAGAAAACACAAGAUAGAAACAUCCCAAAGAUGAAGUAUUCUAAAAGGAGGAUGAAGCAACCAUGACUGACGAGGGAAGUCAAAAGAGCGGGCAUACAAUAUAGUAAAAAUUAGAAGUUAAGAGUAUAGGGAAAUAAAGCAACAGAAGGCAACCAACAAAGCCAAACAAGAGAAAGAUAGAAAAUGAAGGGAAGUUAGCCAGUAAUAUAAAAAGGGGAUACCAAACAUUUUUUCAAAUAUAUAUUGAUAUUGGACUGCUGGAAAAUGACACCGGAGAGGUAGAAAUGGCACAGAAACAAGUAUUUGUGUCAGUCUUCACUAUGGACUUCUAGCAGUAUGCCAGAAAUUCAAGUGUCGGGGGCAGAAGUGAGUGUUGUUGCUAUUACUAAGAACGUGCCUGGGAAGCUGAAAGGUAUGAAGGUAGAUAUAUCGAUGGACCAGAUGAGAGGUAAGAAGAGCUAAAGAGAUCAUGGAGACAUUAGUAAUGAUCUUUCAAGAAUUACUAGAUUCUGAAUGGUUUUGGAGGACUGGAAAAUUGCAAAUGUCACUCUACUCUUUGAGGCAGAAGAAAGGAAAUUAUAGGCUAGUUUGUCUGAUUUCAGUGGUUGGGAAAAUGUUGGAGUCCAUUACUAAGGAUGAGUUUUCAGGGUACUUGGAUAAAAUAAGUCAAAAUCAGCAUGAUUUCCUUAAAGAGAAAUCUUGCCUAACAAAACUUAUGGAACUCUUUGAGGAAAUAACAUGCAGGAUAGACAAAGGAGAGUCAGAGGAUGUUACUUACUUGAAUUUUCAGGUGGCCUUUGAUAGGUGUCACACGAGGCUGCUCAGCAAGGUAAGAGCCCAUAUCUUACAGUAAAGAUAUUAGCAUAGAUAAGACAAUUGGCUGACAGGCAGGAGGCAAAGACUAGGAAUAAAGGGAGCUUUUCUAGUUGGCUGCUGAUGACUACCAAUGUUUCACAGGAGUCAGCGUCAUGACUGCUUCUUCUCACAUUAUAUGUCAAUGAUUUGGAUGACAGAAUUGAUGGCUUUGUGGCCAAGUUUGCUGAUGAUACAAGAUAAGUGGAGGGGCAAGUAGUGUUGAGGAAGCAGGGAGUCAGCAGGACUUAGAUUGGGAGAAUGGGUAAAUUAGCAGACAGAAUAUCGUGUAUAUGGAAUAUAAUGUACAGCCAUGCACUUUGGUAGAAGGAAUAAAGACAGACUAUUUUAUAAACAGGGAGAAAACCCAUGGGGUUGAGGGAGACUUGGUGGGCUGAAUGGCAUAAUUCUGCUAUGUCUUAUGCUCUUUAAUAUGUUUCAAUUCUGCAAAUACCACCAUCCAUGAUGAUCUUCCCUGGGGUACGGGAAACACAAAGUAAUGACUAUACUUUACAAAUGAUAUACAGUACAUGUUACAUUUACAUGUUUAACUGUAGAGUUUCAGUGUUACAGUCCUGACUGCAAUCCAAACUGAGUAAUUUCACAGAGUCACAGCAAAUCCAGGUAAUUGGAGACUGCAGGCGGCGGCCGCAUCCCAGCAUAAGAGAUGGUAGAGGUGUUAGAAUGCUCCAGUGUGAGGUCCUUGGCCGACAACCACUGUUAAAUAAUCAUUUUAUAGAUGUUUGUCAGGUAAAAUAAGACCACUGUGCCCAACAUUAACCGAGAAAGGGCAGAAGCAAUAGUUACCUGGCAAAUAAUUAUACCCAGACAGCUGGGGAAUUUUUAAAGAGACCUCCUGUCCCAAGAUAUUAAUAAUAAUUCAUUAGAUUAAUGGUAUUCCACUGUGUCAAAAUGUGUCCAAAAACAGCUCCCCCCACACCCAGUCUCACUCCAAAGCUGAGACAGCAGUAUUAUGACACCACGGUGGAGUUCACCCAAUUAUAAAUGCAAAACACUGCUAGUGUUACUGUGUCAGUAUGUCAAUGACUGUGUGCGUGUAUUUGUAUGCACAAUCUUGUCAGUAUCUAUGUCAGUGCACGUGUCUGCAUACCCCAAGGCUGAUUUAUUUCCCUCUCAACCACAUUCUCCUGCCGUGUCCUCAUAACCUUUGAUGUUCUUUCCGCUUUACAUAUAUUCAUCCUCUCACCAUCCAACUUCCAAAUUUGAUAGAUUUAAUGAGAUUCCUCUCCAGUUAAUCUGAACUCCAACCAGUACAGGCCCAGAGCUAAAUGCUCCUUGUACGUCAACCCUUUGCUGUUGCUCCGUGCUGCGAUCACCACCUGGAUACUGACUAAUUAUUUCUUGAACAGAUAGAUUCUCUACAAUGCCAGCACAUCUUAAGCAGCCCAAAGCUGCUCAUAAUGCUGUAAGUGCAGAUUGAAUAAUGCCUUAUAAAGCCUCAGCAUUACAUCCUUGUUUUUAUAUACUAGUCCUCUCGAAAUUAAUGCUAACAUUGCAUUUGCCUUCCUUACCACCAACUUAACCUGCAAGUUAACCUUCAGGGAAUCUUGCACAAGGACUCCCAAGUCCCCUUGCACUUAUCCCCAUUUAGAAUGAUAGUCUACACUUUUAUUCCUUCUACCAAAGUGCAUGAUCACACACCAUGUUCAAUCCGCUACUUCUUUGCCCAUUCUCCCAACACAUCUCGGUCCCUCUGCAGAUUCCCUGCCUUCUCAACUCUCCACCCAUCUUCAUAUUAUCCACAUAGUUGGCCACAAAGCCAUCAAUUUCAACAUCCAAUUCAUUGAUAUAUGACAUGAAAAGAAGCAGCCCUAACUCCAACCUAGUCACGGGCAGCUAAUCAGAAAAGGCCCCCUUUAUUCCCACUCUUUGCCUCUUGAUCGCUGGCAGAAAGCCACGCCUCCUCAUCUCUGUAAGCAGGCAUGGAGCUAAAAUCAAAAGGCAUCUCAGAGGCAAAUACCAAAACUGAUGUUCAAGGUCUAUCCAUGGUAGACAAUGGCUUUCCCUCACUGCCCUUAACUCACCUGUCAGUUACACACAGAAUAGUAAGCCAUAGGCCAUCUGGCAACCAAAGUGACCCCAAUGCAGUGGUAAUCAUUUCCCAUCCUGACUCUGGGAACAGGGCAACUAGCACAGAGAACCAGAAUUGAUGACAUAAUGAGCCCAUUGUUCAUCGUUGACACUUUUGACAGUGAUUUCUUCUUAAUAUUUUGAAUUGAAGCUUAGAAUUAAUACUCAUUAAAUGACUUUGGAAAGAAAAUUAUGCUAAUGUCCUCAUGUUCCCCAUGGUCGCUUUUCUGUACACUGUAAGAAAUAUAAAGACUCCAGGAUAUCAUGUCCACAGCAGG